AUUCAGAGGAAGUGAAGUGGUGUGCAAAAAUAUCUGGUAACUGCUUUAAUUUUAACUAGCAACCGUGAAUGCUGGUAUGGUAGGAACAUCUAUCUUACAUAGUAUCAUACACUGACGAAUGGUCAAGAAAUAUGGAAUUUUGUGGUAGUGGGCAAGAAACUAAAGUAACCGAUUGUAAAAAAUGCAGGAGCACAUCAAACAACGUUCUGAUUAAACAUGUAUGUAAUUUAUAUUGUAUGUUUACCGAGUGACUAGGGUAAAGAUUUGUUUGUUUGUUGUUGUUUCACGAAUAAAGUUGGACUGGAUUUGCUGCGCAAUGCGUUAUUUAUGAUACAAGCGGAGAAGAAAAAAAAAACAGUAUGAGCAACCAGUUUGGUCAAAACUUCUAUUUUCCAAGGCAAAUGAUUUAAAGCUAAAUGUCAAAGAAACAUUGUAAUGAUUAAGUGACUACAGGUCUUGCAUUUUACGUCUGUCAGACAAGUGGCACCACCAGGUCCAGAAUUUUACGUCUGUCAGACAAGUGACUCCAGGUCCGGCAUUUUAUAUCAGUCAGACAAGUGGCUCCAGGUCCGGCAUUUUACGUCAGUCAGACAGAAGUUUUUUUUAUCCCAAUUCUGAUUAACAAUGAACAUAAGAAUGACAUCAGAAACCAAAUUUUUAUGGAGAUCUUUCAGCAUUCAACAGGAGCUUCGGCAAAGUGUACCACCUCACACUGAGGCCCAACAGGUCCGACUGCUUUUAAGAAGAUUGUUGAUUACUUAGCUUGAACUGUAAACACAUUUGGUUGCUAUGGUUUCAGAAGCAUUGUUGACUCACUGCCCGAGUCUUGUUCUGAGGGAACGUCCUUGCACUUGGGUGAUGAUGCUACCCUGUUAGCCCCAAAACGCACGCGCCCACAACUUUGUUCUGGAUGGGAAAGGAAUACAACGAUUAGUCAGGCGAUUGAACGCACCACCGCUGUCAUGGGAACAAACUCAAACAUCCUAAAGUCAUGGCCGCCCUUGUAUUCGUUAAACUUAGAAAUGUUUACAUGUUAUUCAUGCUACUUGUAGUUAGUGUCAAGCGUAAUGAUACAAAUCUAUAUUAUUAUUUUUUUAAAAAUAUUCAUAGUAAGUUAAAAGCUUCAGAUUUCUUUUUAAAAAAAUAAUACGAAAGCGGUUAAUGCACACAAUAACUAAAAUGUUUCCUAUGUGCCUAGUAUCACAUGAAUCCAGAUGCGUAGCGAGGGUGUUUGGCGCCCGGGGACAAGAUUCAUUUUAAGGCGCCCCAUUUUCUUUUUUUUUUUCAACUCUCAAACCCAUUAUUUUCAUCAAUAAAAUAAUAUCAAAGCACAUAUUGGCGCCCCUAACUAGCUGGCGCCCGGGAACAUCUGUCCCCCUGCCCCCACCUCGCUACGCCUCUGCAUGAAUCGCAACUGAGCAUACCAGUCACAAAAUAUUUUUUUUCUGGUCAAGAAAGGUCAAGAAAUAAUUGAAAAAAAAUUCACGUAUUCAAAUUGAUUAUGUUAAAAUAAAUUUUGUCACAUCCCCCCCCUCCCCCCCCCCCCCCACUCCAACCCCAAAAUUAUUUUAAAAACUCCCAUCCCAGACCAAACUCUCACCACAUGACGUCAUAUAUGCGACUCUUAUGUAGACGUUUCCGCCAAACUCUCGAUCUUUUUCAGAAAUCUGACUCAAGAUGGCGACACGCACAAUGGUGCAGCAGACCUGUUUUAGACCAACCAAUCACAGGACGAGGGGGUUUCGCGGAAAUGCCAAUACGGCAUGUGACAUGCGGAACAACCCUGGUAGGUCUUUCGGGGCACUUUUAAACAUGCCGAUGUUAAGUAAAAGCGACAGGUCUUCAAACUGGGCUGUACUUUACUGACCAGCGUGAAAACAAAUUUAAUAUAUGUCUACAUAUGAUUGUGUUUGAUGCUACAUAUGAUUGUGUUUGACGCUACAUAUGAUUGUGUUUGACGUUACAUAUGAUUCUGUUUGACACUAUAUAUGAUUGUAUUUGACGCUGCAUAUGAUUGUGUUUGACACUACAUAUGAUUCUGUUUUACGCUACAUACGAUUGCGUUUGACACGACAUAAGAUUAUGUUUGACACGCCAUAAGAUUUUGUUUGACACUACAUAUGAUUGCGCUUGACUCUACAAAAAAUUGCGUUUGACAAUACAUAUGAUUGCGUUUGACACUUCAUAUGAUUGUGUUUGACACUACAUAUGAUUGUGUUUGACACUACAUAUGAUAAUAUUAAAAGUCGACCCCCAGCAUCUAACGUGAAAUAAUUUUUUUACUGCUUGGAUUACGCUGCACCCACCAAACUCUUCAAAAUAAGGAGGUCUCUAGGCUGUGGGUUUGAGAGUCUUAUUUGAGGUCUCAACACACCUUCCAAUCUCUUAACUGCCACUCAAAGUACUGCGAAUAUUUUCCCCAUCGUUACCCUUUUGUGAUCGUAAGAUUUAAAUCUUUAAAAAUUUAUGUUGCCUGCUUUUUUUAAAAUGAUAAUUCAUGUGAAGUUUUUUUAAAAGCAGUUAAUGACUCUGUUAUUCUAUAUUUAUAUUCUUAACAGUAAAGCAGGCCAUGAAUCACAAUUAUAGAGCGGCUCCAACACAGGGGCGCCCUCUCGGACACAUGGACCAUGGGGGUCCACCCAGACCCAUGGGGGCUCAACACCCCUUCCAUCAGAGGUUACGGGAAGAAGAUCGCGCGGUGAACGUUCGAUACGCCCCACAAAACAUGCACCAAGGAAAUACAUGGGCCCCGCCCCCAAACCAGAGUUUCAAUAAUUCAUGCAAUAUCGCAGCAUCAAGACAGCACUGCCCGCGCGCGUCAGCCCCUAACCAUUUUGGUCAAGGGUCACAAACUCAACAUUCUAGAAAUUUGAGAUUCCAACAGAGGCCAUUUGACGGAUUUAACGAGUGCAAUAGACACACAAAACCACAGCUACGACGUCAAACGGAACAUGACAGAGCUAUAAGAGCUGAGCCAAUACAGAGAUCUCAAGGGGAGGAAACGCGAAUCCAUUUGAGCGAAAAUCCCCCAAAACGUCACUUCCGUCCAUUGAUUAGAGGCGACAUGUUCAGCUCCGUAUCCGGACAAUCAGUUGUCAAUAAAAGGUCAAUUCAAAGAUCCGGAAAUGGCCGGGUGAUAAAUAAUGUCAGCCCAAAAGUUUUAAAUAUCCAGCCUCAAGCGAGGUCAAAGCUAUUCAAGUUCAAGGCCAGGCGACGAUCUACGCAAACGCAAAAUGCUGAAAUAAAUGGUUGCAGAAAAUAUAUUUUGGGCCGACGAACUGCAAUCAGAGGAACGUUUGCAUCGCCUCGAAUCAACACUCACGUCAACACACGUACCAACACUCACGUCAACACCCGUACCAAUACUCACAACAACACUCGGAAUAUGACAGCAGGGAGAUCUUUAACCGUGGACCACUUUGCAGAAGCGCAUCCUACGUAUUCUAAUGGCAUGAAGAGAUUCAGAUCGGUUCGACCAGGAAACAUCAAGUCAUGCUGGAAAGCCACCCCUGGGUUGUCUAGACUAACUUCCAUGGCACCAAAGGAUAGAGAUUCGAAACCAAGGCCACGAGUUUUAGUAAAAAUUAAAAAUCUGCCCGGGAGCAACGCGUGUGCCAUCUACGCGCAAGCAGAGACAACUCUGAAUAAUUUUAAAACGGAUGCGCAAGGACAGAUAACUGCGGCGAGAUAUUGUGUGAGAAAGGGGAAAGACUCUGUGAUAAAAAUGGUGCGUGAGAAAACAUCACCUCUGGGUCUAAAACGCUGCCUUUCAAGUACUUCGAUAUCCUCAAACAUUUCAACCAAAGAGGUUAUUGGGUCACGCAUCCCAGACACCACCAUUUUGACAAGUUCCCAACCGCUGGAGAUCAAAAGAAGGACAUUUAAAAUCAUCACAAGAAUCAGCUUCAAGAUAAAACCAAAACGAUUUUGCUGCAGGUCGCGAGUCAUUCAGGCGUGCUGUCAAAAUCCAAAAUCAAUAACGUCUCAGUUAAAUGUAGCACCAGCAGACCUGAUGUCAUUUCCUGUUCCCGCGUCCAUGGACUUGGUCGAGACAUUGGCGCCGGUUCAUUUACCAACUGAACGACCAGAAAACGAGCACACGACCGUUUUGGGGUCGUUGCUGUUACCCCUCUUUCGUGCAUUAAACUUGCCAGAAUCGAAAUCUGUGCCCGGAACUCUUCGGUCUCCGUCAAUACCCUCGCCAUCCACAGUCGGUAUCAAUACGUUUCUUCAUAGGGGAGAUGUUUCUUCUACGGACCGCCCCAAGUUGACAAGCCUCGAUCUGACCUACUUCGAUGACGUCGACCUGACGCCGAAUCAGAAUGAGGCUCCCGCGUCUAAAAAUUCACCGCAGCCAGCAAUGGGGGUUUACCUCGAUACGGCCUUCAACGAGUACACGAGUAACGAUUCGUACAGCACUUGCACGUCCAGCGGUCACAUGCCUUUAGGCGCGCGCGAUGGAAGAGAUAGCAACAUUACGAGAGCCAGUAGUUACAUCACAGGAGACGGUAAAACAGUGUAAGUCGUUUGCUCGCCGUCUGACCGCCAGGUACAUCAUCAUUAAUAUUGCUGUCAUCAAUAUCUUUGUUGUCUGACACUUAGUCAACUUUAUCUGGAGGAAGUUCCACGAUAUCUAUAAGACCAUUGUCAUCCUCUUCUUCAUCAUUUUAUAAAAAACAAGGGGGGGGGGGGGGAAUCCUAAAAUAACCAUAAAUUUCACGAACAGCACCACUGUAAAUACUAACAUAAGUUUGUGCAAGGAAAUAAAAUUGCAUGCUGCUAAGAUUUAAGAAUAAAAAAAAACUCUACAAAUUGUAUCGGCAUCGGUAAAUGUUUGUAAGAGGAUAAUAAAACCUAAGACUCUUACGUGACCAAGCAAACGAUAUACUAUGUAGAAGAAUAGCCUGCCACUGGUUACAAACAUAACUUCUUAACUCUAGUACAUAGUCGUUAAUUUAAAUCAAAUACAUUCAAACAAAUUUAUACAAUUUCUGUACACGAUUUUGCAAAGAGAAAAUUCCCUAUGGUUAGGCCCCAGAGAUAUGCCCUAUAUAUAAUUAACUUACCAAAGACGGGAGCUGUUUAAAAAAAUCAAAUACUUAAAGCAAAGUGUUCAUAUCACUCCAAAUAUUUAUAUUACAACAAAAAAGUAAGACUGAAAUAGUGUCAGAAAUCUACUGACGAUUCAACUUCUCUUCCACAGACAUGUCACCAAUUACGUUCAAAUAACUCGCAAUUACACCGUGUCCGGGGAAAACGUGGUUUGUCACGGGACCAUGAACAUCACUGGUCAGGGUAACGGUGGGGAGUUGUCUGAGCUUGAUUCGAAUGCUGACGCUGACGCUCAAAGUGACGGUGAUACAUUCGACUGUGACUCGGCCACUGGCGGGACGCACUGUGUGCUGGGUGCUCAGUUUGAAGUGAAUGUUACUGUACAAAGUGUUCAUGAAUCGGUUGGUAAAUGUGAUACAAAUGGUCAGGACUCAAAGGGCGAAGGCCCAACAAAUGUAUUUGACUUAGAAAGUGAAUGUCGAAUAUCUCUACAUGACAUAGAAAGUGACAGUUCUUUGCAUGUUUAUGACUCUGAGUGAGAAAGUGAAUAUCCAACAAAUUUACAUGACCCAGAGAGGGAAUAUCAAACAACUUUAUAUGACUCAGAAAGUGAAUACCCAACAACUUUAAAUGACUCAGAAAUUGAAUACCCAAAAAAGGUAAAUGACUUGGUUGUAACAUAGUUUUGAAGAUGUUAUAAUGUGAAUGUGACGCAUCGGAAGUGACGUCACAGCUCAUGACAACUAACUGUAAAUUAUUGUUGUCUCAAGCAGGGGUCACCAAACUUUUUUUCACGACGGGCCGGAUAACGGACAAAAGAACGAGCGCGGACCUUAUAAUCAUUCUGUACAAUACUUGCAAGCCAGAACGAAAGCUCUGAUAAAAAAAGACGAAAGACUAAUUUAUGUAGGCCCUAUUCCAUGUUAACAAUGGGUGAGUAUCGAGGAGUGCACAAAUAAACAAAGACAAUCAACAUAUUUAUUUACAAAAAGAAAUUAUAAAAGAAAGCGACGUUAGCGAAAAGAUGGUUACAUCAGACCUGGUGCGCACAUAUUCGAACCUCACAAAAUGUCUGCUCGCAGACAUAUGUUGUUUCAAACACUGAUGCCAUACCAGCGGCAAAUUUCUUCAGUUUUUGGAAACUCAAUAUCCAAAUUUACACCACAAAUCAACACGAGAAGUUGUGACGUACUCGAGAGAUCAGUAGACUCGCCCAGCGCCGGAGAAUACCACAGCCAGUUCCUAGCUUUCUCGCGUAUUUGUAGCACCAUGUUCUCUCCAA